UCUGGUUUCAUGCUGCUAUAUCGGAAAACUGGGUCAGCGACACAUAGCUCAGCUCAAAGGUGUUUGUUCCCCAUGCUCCAGUACUUGUUGUACCAAAUUGGCUUAGUUAUUGGUGGAUUGGCCAAUGCUAAUCCGUUUCAAGUACUACGAUAAUAUCCCUUCCGCUACAACUAACUGAUUUUUCAAUGGGGGCGGGAACACUUAUCCGUCCGACUCCAUUAAAAUCCAGCCCCCUGUCCCAGCAACGGCCACCCCCCCGCCCUCCGACUCCCGGUUAUCAUUCCUCUAAUUCUAUUUCUAUCCCGCGCUCCUCCACCCCCGUUAAGGCAUCGUCUUCUCUAAAUUCCCAGGGAGAUUAUCGAGGCCCGAAGCCAAAACGGGAAUGGGUAGCAGAUUGGGUUUCUCAGAACAACGACGUUGUUAGGAGCUUGCCCAUUUAUGUUGGAGGGCUGUCGCUAUUAGCUGUUCUCGUUAAUCGUACUAUUUCCGGCAUUGCUCCGGUUGCUGAUGCCAGCAGUUCUCAGUCUAGAGCAGAUCUAUUGACCCUUGGAUUGGCUGUCACGAACAUCCUGAAUGGUCUAGUAUGGCUUUCUAUCAGACCAAAAUCUGUGUCUGCGGUAAACCCUGAAGGUGUGGAGUGCCAAAGUAUAUGUCCUUUGCUUCCUGAUUUCAUAUCCUCAGAGCUCCUUUGGGUAUGGGAGUCUCUAUCAGAUGCAACAUGCUGCAGGUCUCUCAUUAUUGUGUAUGAUAAGAGAGUCAUCCUCCAAAUAGGGUUUGCUACUGCAUCGUCUAAUACUGACGAUGCAGUAGUGGUUGAUGUUGAUAAAUUGAUGAAAGGAUCGCUUUACCAGGGUGCUUUGAAAUCCAAAUCACAGAGCUACUUAGCCAACUUAUCUCUUUAUCCUGCCAAGUCUGAGUUGCCAUUUCUACCUCCCAAUACACAGGCAGUCAUCUUGCAACCCCUUGGUGAUAAAGGACUCGCCAUAAUUGGUGGUGACAUGAUCCGGGGAUUCACUACUUCUGACCAGGCAUGGAUCACCCUGGUUGGAGAAAAGUUAGAUGCUACACUUGCAAAAAUGAACAAUAUUCCGGUGAAUGCAUAAGAUGCAUGCUCAGCUGAUCAGUCCCAUCAAGUUAUUGAGCCGCUUCUUUCAAGUCUUAAGUUGAUACACUUGUUUAAUGUGCCACAGUUCCUCUAUCAGCUAUUGCAUUUUGAACUCGGAGAGAAUGUCAGUUCAAGUUCCAAUCUUCUGGCAGAAUCUCCUCAGAAGGGAACAGUAAUGUUUUGGAAGUUACUCCCUUCAUUUGUGUAAUAAAGAAUCUUCCCAAAAAUCUCAACGUUUCUGAGCUAUUGUAAGAAUCGUUAGCAACCGUAGGUUUAAGCUUUUAACCCUGAUCCAUAUACCAAAUUGGGAUUAUUGACACUACAUUACCAUUCCUUAGGGCGAUCGCUAGUAUCCUUUAUGCUGCUUUCUGCUAGAUCAAUCGCAACUAUCAUUAGGCAUUCACAACUUAUAUGCUGCUUUCUGCUGGAGGAGGACUGAGAAAAUGGUACUUUUUAUGGACAAAACCGUCCUUGUCUUUUGGAACAACAGAACUCUUCCCCAGACAUUUGAUACUUAAGAACCAACUUGUGCAGAGCAGAAGAUGCACGUAGAAAUGAUCCCACGAAAAGCAUGGUCUGCUCAUCUAGUACCUUGAAUGAUGAUUCCAGUUAGCGAAGGUUCGUAAAUUGAGCUGUAAAUUCUUGACGAGGAAACUUGUAGCAGGAUACGGCACACAGCAAGAAAUCAGAUCUCAGUGCCAACGUAUGUAGCUGUGCGAUAGGAAUGGGGAGCCCUCUGAAUUCAGUAGCUACCAAGUGCAGAGUAAAUCACCACCUCUACGAGAAAGGGAAGAAAGUUGGGGAACAUCUUGGAAGAGCAUGUUCGGAAGAUGAGGUGGUUCUGGAUUUUGCAAACAAAAGAGGGACCUUCAAUGAGCAGUGACAGUCCCAUCAAACUUAAAAAGAAGCAAAGACCUCAAGAUGCUGCAACCCCUUACACUCUCUGAUCUCCAAGUGCUUCAACCUAAGAGCAUGGCCAACAUUGGCAGCAACAACCUUCACAUCACAUAGAGAUGGUGCAUGAACAAUUGAUAGCUCCUCCAGUUGGGGACAAUUAUGCAAGAAGCAAGGCACGUGCUCAUCGGCUAGACCGACAGAGUGCAGGCGGAGGGAAGCCAGCUGCUUUAAAUCCCUGCCUAAUUUCAUUAACUCAGUUAUUGGAGUUGGCGAGGUGUAACACCUUUCAGCCUCCGAAAGAUGGCGGGUCUGACAUCGUGGAUGAAUUACAUACUCAUCUGAAAAGUUGAACUCAAGCCUGCGAACCCCCUUGGCUGCUGCAAACUGGAUCCAUCUGUCGGUGUUAGUCAAUUCAUCCUUGUCCCUCCUUGAUGCGAGGCAAGUACUCCCAAUUCACGUACUUGCUUCGUUCCUCUGUCAUAAUUUACCAUACCAUACCAUAAAACAGCCGCUGGCAUGUCUUA